GAAGGUCUCCAUUAGCUCCCAGACGAGCAGGUACCUGCGUGAGAGAACAUUCAGUGUGGGAGUGCGGCUGCAUGCCGUUUCGCUGCUCUUAUUUUUAAACAAAGCGUUUGGUUCCAACUUCGAAAAGCAACGCAUAUGAUGAGACAAAAUAAUUAAGAGAAAGAACUUUUUUUUCCUGAGAAGACACCACCACCUCUUCGUUUUCUGGCGAAACCAGAUCUUGUGUGGGCUUCGACAAGGUGUUGGAGAUACCACCGUAAAUGAGGUAAAGGCCUGCCCUCCAACCCCAGAUGAGCCACAUAGAAGAGCAUCUGUGUAUGUGGAGCCAGGGGAGGCUGCAGAGGACAGCUGUCAGGAGAGCUCAAAAGACAGAUCAUCUAUUCAUGGCAUGGACUGAUUCUAACCAGACCCGUCAUUUUAUAUAACCAGGAGCCUCAUGGGCCUGUUCAUGAGCACUUUUCAAGAGAGACAAUUUGUACUCAUAUGAGCCAUGGAUAAUAUGUCUAGCUUCUGUACAGGUGUGGAGCUCCAACAGUUCCAAAGGAGGCAGUGCCAGCAGCAGCAGCACCACAGUGUCUAUUAUAACUGAAGACUUCAUUCAAAGGCGGUGGCGGGGCUUUUCGCUCCGGCAACGGUGGCGACAGCGGCCCCGGCUUCCGGAGUCCCGCCGCGAAGAUGCUCAAAGUCACAGUGCCCUCCUGCUCCGCCUCGUCCUGCUCUUCGGUCACCGCCAGUGUGGCCCCGGUAACCGGGAGCCUCAUCCCAGAUUACUGGAUCGACGGUUCCAACAGGGAUGCUUUGAGCGAUUUCUUCGAGGUGGAGUCGGAACUGGGACGGGGUGCUACAUCCAUUGUGUACAGAUGCAAACAGAAGGGGACCCAGAAGCCUUAUGCUCUCAAAGUGUUAAAGAAAACAGUGGACAAAAAAAUCGUAAGAACUGAGAUAGGAGUUCUUCUUCGCCUCUCACAUCCAAACAUUAUAAAACUUAAAGAGAUAUUCGAAACCCCUACAGAAAUCAGUCUGGUCCUAGAACUCGUCACAGGAGGAGAGCUGUUUGACAGGAUUGUGGAAAAGGGAUAUUAUAGUGAACGAGAUGCUGCAGAUGCCGUCAAACAAAUCCUGGAGGCAGUUGCUUACCUACAUGAAAAUGGGAUUGUUCAUCGUGAUCUCAAGCCAGAGAACCUUCUAUAUGCAACUCCAGCCCCAGAUGCACCACUCAAAAUCGCUGACUUUGGACUCUCUAAAAUCGUGGAACAUCAAGUGCUCAUGAAGACAGUGUGUGGAACCCCAGGGUACUGCGCACCUGAAAUUCUUAGAGGAUGCGCCUAUGGACCUGAGGUGGACAUGUGGUCUGUAGGAAUAAUCACCUAUAUCUUACUCUGUGGAUUUGAACCAUUCUAUGAUGAAAGAGGUGAUCAGUUCAUGUUCAGGAGAAUUCUGAAUUGUGAAUAUUACUUUAUCUCCCCCUGGUGGGAUGAAGUGUCUCUAAAUGCGAAGGAUUUGGUCAGAAAAUUAAUUGUGUUGGAUCCUAAGAAAAGGCUGACUACCUUCCAAGCUCUCCAGCACCCGUGGGUCACAGGUAAAGCAGCCAAUUUUGUCCACAUGGAUACAGCUCAAAAGAAGCUCCAGGAAUUCAAUGCCCGGCGUAAGCUCAAGGCAGCAGUGAAGGCCGUGGUGGCCUCUUCCCGGUUGGGAAGUGCCAGCAGUAGUCAUGGCAGCAUCCAGGAAAGCCAGAAGGCCAGCCAAGAGCCAUCUCCAACACAGGACGGCAGUGAAGAUGUUAAAGCUCUUCCGGAGGGAGAGGAAAUUCAUGGAUAUGGGGCUCAAGUGGCAGUUGAGGGGGCAGAGGCUGAGCUGAUGAAGGUGCAGGUUGUAGAGGAAGUUAAAGAAGCUGAUAUAAGUGCCACUGAGGCCACCGAGAUGGUGUCUGAGGCACUGGAGGAUGGGAUAAAGGAGGCUGACCUGGAAAUAGAGGAGGGCCUGGUGGAGGAAAAGCUGAAGACUGUUGAGGAAGCAGCGGCCCCCAAAGAAGGGCAAGAAAACCCUGCUCUGGAAUUUGGAGCUCAGCAGAAUGAUGUGAUCCUGCCAGAGUACUAAAUUGGCUUCCUUCCAAUCUGGGAGCCAAAUCCUGGCACUUUAUACAUUUUGUCCUUCAGCAGGGAAGGUGUGGAAGCAUGAUAUGCACUAUCGUGAUUUUGUUUUUGAGGUGCAAAAAAUACAUAUAUCUCAGUUGGUAAUCCUAACUUCAAUGCAUGUGACUGCUUUAUGAAAAAAUAGUGUCAUCUAUGGUUUGUAAUGGAUACUUAAUACAGAUGAAUUAAAUUUGAAAUUGCAAGUAAACAACAUAACAUUUAAAAACAUACAGUUUCAGGGACCAGUAGCACACAUUAGAAGUAAAUAGUAACAGAUUGUUUUUGCUGUGCAAACCUCACCAUCCUACAUCGUUUGGAUUUCUUCACAAGGCGGUAAUUCCUUUGGACUGUUGCUCAGCUAAUGCUAGGUAGCACUGUAAGAUGUGUUCCCAUGACAUUCACAUUAUUUUCAGUAAUAUAUUCAAACUGUUUACAAGGAGAUUGUCAGGUUAGAGUUGUAUGAUAUGUGCAAAAAAAAAAUCCACUUAUAAUGGUGAGAAAUUGAAGCAUACUUUAAUAAGGGCUAUGAAACCAUAUGCCCCUAAAGUUCAUGUGGAGAGUGUUUUUUUUGUUUUUUUUUUUAAUCUUGUCUUUUCUUUCACAAAAUUCCACCACUUCAUAGUCCUGGAAAAAUAUUUUACAAACUCAUGCUGAGGAAUACAUGUGUUCCUUCACCUGCUCCCUAAUAAAUCCUUCUGAUGCACACUUAGGGUGAAAUACAGAAAUUUAGGGAAGAAAAGAGGUAAGACUAGGACUUAACUAAUAAAGACUGAUUCCUUGUCAUUUUUCAGAUAAAGUUGGAUUUAUUCAUGAGCUUGUACAACUUGAAAAAUAGGAACAUUUUUAUGGAUAAACUCUAUAUUCAAAUAUUUAGAAAAAUCUAUCCCAAAGCUGGUGCCAAAAUGUCUAAAUGGAGCGGGAGUAAGAUCCCAUUAUAAGAUCAUUCAUUACUGACUUUCCUAUAGUAAGGAAACAUUUUUGUUUAUAAAAGUCCUUUUUUCGGGAGUUCCUGUUGUGACGCAGCGGAAACGAAUCCAACUAGGAACCAUGAGGUUGUGGGUUCAAUCCCUGGCCUUGCUCAGUGGGUUAAGGAUCCAGUGUUGCCAUGAGCUGUGGUAUGUAGAUCAAAGACACAGCUCAGAUCUGGCAUUGCUGUGGCUGUGGUGUGGGCUGGCGGCUACAGCUCUAAUUAAACCCCUAGCCUGGGAACCUCCAUGUGCCACAGGUGCGGCCCUAAAAAGAUUUUUUAAAAGUCCUUUUUUCCUUCAUUUGGUGGUUAUUUAGAUAUACUGUCUAGGGACUAAGGAUAUUUCUGAAAAACUAAUGUAUCUUUUUCUUAGAAUAGAGGCACGCAUAAUUUGCAAUGUAGAUUUUAAAGUUGCCAUGUUGAGCAAUUUAAGACAAUGCAACUUUUAAUACACAAAGACAAAAAGCAACAAGGGAAAAAAUACUGAUUUCAUAUCAGAAUUUUAAGAAAUGUAACAUUAGACUGAAUACUUUACCAUGAUAUUUUUUUCAAAGUAUUUCUCUUUGGUUUUCUUUGGGUGGGGGUGCAUACCCACAGCGUGUGGAAGGUCCCAGGUCAGGGAUUGAACCUAUCCCACAACAGUGACCGAAGCCUUAAUCCACUGUGCCGCAAGAGAACUCCUCUUUGGUUUUCAAAUGAACACUUUUUCCUUAUAAAAAUUACAGUUAAAUUCCAAGUACCUCAGAUGUAUUUCUAGUUUGAGCUGAAAUGAACGUUUUUAUCAAAUUAAUUAUGCAGCAUAUUUUUACUAGAUUUCCUUAAUUUUAAAAUAGGGUUAUUUUCAGGCCAAUAUUGUGGACAAUAAAAAUGACUAUCACAUAAAAAUCCUCAUCAAAAAAAGAUCUUAAAUUCUUUUGGCUCUUCCUCAGGACUAUUAAAUUGGAAAAUGAAAUUAAACCUCUGAUUUCGGGGGGCUAUCAGACCUUGUAGACAAUCUGCUUUCCAAGUACAAAUCUUCUUUUAUUACUGUUUUCAUGAGAAGAAGAUAAGGUAGAACUUUUUAUCUUCCAUAGUAUAGGAUCCUGCCAGAUCAAUGAUGUGAAGGAAAAAGCCCUUAAGGGCACAUCAUCUGGGCUCAGAGAAAGAUUUUUGUUUCAUUUUAUUUUUAUUAACUAAUAGAGAGUACUUUUCUUCUUCAGUGUUUCUUUCCUUCUUUACUCUCUCUCUGAAUUUCCAUUUUAGCUAUUAAAAGGGGCUCACUAGUCUUAACUUUUAAGAAUGCCUUCUUCCCUAGGCGUUAAGAUUUCCAUUUUAAAAGGCCAAUUGCCUCGUGUACUUUUUCCAGAAAAACUUAACAGGUAUAUAUAUGGUAAGUGUCCCAUAUAUUGGAAAAGGGAAGAGAGGGAAAGGACUCUUAGUGGAGAAUGGCACUACUAGUUGGGAGAUAACACGUUGUCCCUCCCUCACCACGAUGCUGGUCCGCAGGCAGUCUUCCUAUCAUCCCAAACUCAGGGCUGACUGCAGUCGGUCCAACCAGUGGACUGGUUUGCAGUGAAGGCCACUGCAAACGCCAAGGCCAGUGUGUGUUUAAGAAUUUACCCAUUUACAUGAGUACACAUGCCUAUUCCUUGGUAAAUACUCAAGGGUUUGAGCGUACUUUCCUCUUUUGUUAACCUGUAAAUUGCACUCCCUAAAAUUCCAUGAGAGUUUUAAAUUUUGACUUGUAUGUUAAAGAUUAAAUCCUGAUAAUGCUUAAAGAGUGACUGAUUGAGUCAUUUCAGUGGAAAGAAGUCAAACCUUCACAAAAAUUGGCCAUUUCAGCCAAAUGAUUCAACCUAAGAUUUCAUAGAGAUGCAGUUUAAGUUAGGAUAAUUAGGUUAACAUUUUUGAAAGAACAGUAAACAUUUACAUGACUUGUUAAAACGAUAUCUAUCUCAAAGGUUACUUGGCUAAGUAAUUGUAGACUAAUGCAGAUAGAACCUUAAUUUGGUGAACUAUUUCAUAAUGUUUCCUUUAAUUGACACAUUGUAGUCAUUGUAGUCACAAAGCAAAAUAAUUAAAAGAAUUUCAACAAACAACAAUUACAUUUUACAUUUUAGAGCUGACAGUUAUUAUUGAUUUUUGUUUUCAGGUUAAGUUCAGAUACAAAGCGUAAACUAAACCGUUUUACCAUAAAGAAGGACAAUCUUGAAUUAUUUCCCCCAUUUAAAAAGUCUAAUUGGAAUCCCAAUGAUUUUUCUCUAAUCAUAAGAGCUCAUUUAUCCCAUGAAUACAUAAAUAAGGUUGAAAUUAGAACAAUAUAGUUGAAGUCAUUGUCUAGAAUAAGUGCUGUCUAAUAUAAAUGAUACCACAUAUAUAAUUUUGAAUUUUCUCUUAGCCACAUUUUAAAAAGUUAAAAAAAAAAAGCAGGUAAAAUUAGCUAUGCAUUUUAAUCCAGUAUGUCCAAACUACUAUUCCAGUAUAUAAUCAAUAGGAAACAUUUAUGAGAUCUUUUAAAUUUUUAAUUUUUGUACUUAGUUUUCAAAAGCAUGAUUAUAUAUUGCACCUUUAGUACAUCCAGUGCUCCAUAGCCACAUGUGACUAAGGGCUACUGUGCUGGAAGAGCACUGGUCUAGAGCACUUUUCAAGCAAAAUGACACAUGAAUUUCUAUGCUUAGAUCUGCGCUGCCUCAGUUUUCCACACUGAUACAUUGGUAGGAGGCCAAAAAGAAAAUGUUUCAGAAAUAUUGACUGAAAUGAGUAAAAACCCUAUUGGCUACUUCUACUUAUUCAUGUGCUUCAGAGGAGGAGUGUUUCUAACAUGACUUUUAAAGAACUAUACUCUCCUGGGUAUUGAUAUUGUCUUUUGGCCACAGUUCUGUCAUCCCUCUCUGGGCCUGGAAUCUUGACCACAGGUUGGCACCCUCCUGAGCCCUGCCAUGAAGCCUGUAGUAGCCUCAUGUACCAAAAUCUGCUGUGGGCGACCCACACAGAAUCUAAAUGGGAUUUUUCUGGGCCUGGACUAAGCCGGAUACCAUCUCUGUGUUGCAGGCAAUGUUUCUUUCUAGAAAUCUUCUGAAACAUACUGACUUUGCAUGAUAAAGAUUGUAUGAUGAGGAUAUCAUCCCAGUUAUCCCUAAAAUGGGGAGAUGACUAUCAGCUGACAUUUUUUAGAUUUCCUUAGAAGGGUUUGAACAACACUGCCAUUACACAUGGAUUUAAAAGACUUUUGGAAUUUUCUUACAUACUGCUAUUUUAGAAUAAUCCUCAAGGUUCUAUAGCCAUUUUCAGUGGCAGAUUUUAAAACAAAGCAACAGUUUGCUUUUUACUGUGACUUCAAUUACACAGUAUUUUAAACAUAUUUUGUAAUGUAGAAUGUUUAGCAGUCCGUAUUUCCAGUUUCACAUGCAAGAUAACUACUUUGCCUAUAGAUAGACUGAAGAUUUAGAGAAAGCCAUUUUUUUUUCAUAAUUCAGUUGUUUCACAGAAGCAUCUGGUUGCAUUUUAAAUCAGAAAAUAAAAGAAGUAAAUACCAGAAAAGGCAAAGGAUACAACCAGUAAAUCAUUUAUUCUGUUUUAGGAUUGUCCUUGCAAAGCAAAUGCAAAAAAAAAAAAAGUCAAAAAAGUGAAUCAGCACUAGGUUUUUCUUGAUGAGGUUGAUGCCACAUAAAUUAACAUAAAUAUACUGAGCAGAGUUAGUUAUAUAAUUACAGUGCCAUUAUGUAAUUUACUUGUCUUGCAGAGUAUUCAGUCUGGUUAUCUUGGUCUACUUUGGCUGGUGCAAAAUUUCCAGACGCUAACCUACAUAAUGGGAUUUGUAAUAUCCUUGUAAUUACUGCCUAUUAGGUCAUAUUCCAGUUUCCUUAAUGCUCAUCACUGAUAUAUUCCUCACCAACGUCGUUGCUAGAAUUUGAGCAUUUACUGGUUAAAUACUUGUAGUUAAACUCUUUAUGUGUGUCUUCAGUGUUUUUUAAACAUUUGUGCAUAUAUAAUCUCAAUAUUAGUAUUAUAAUAUUCAUAACCACAUGAUAAGCAGAAAUGUGACCAAUAAUUUUUUAUAAAUUUUUUUUUCAAAGCUCUUUUCUUCCCCUGGCACAACUCAGGGUGAGUUCUGGCUCCUUGACAAAUAGAAAAAAAAAAAAGAUCACUGAAGAGAUAUCAGCUAUCCACCCAUGGUAACCAAGUUCAGCAUUUCCUCUUUUUACAUCCUGAUCUAUUAAAGGCUAGUUUUUGUCAUUAUUACUUUCAGAUAUCACCUGAGAUCGGAUAAGAUAGCCUCAACUCAUAAAGCCCAACGAUUUAUAUACUUAUUUUGGAGAGCAAUAACAAACUUGACUGAUUUGUUUGCUUGUUUAAAAUUCCAAGUUUCAUGUAUUCUCUGUGAUGAACUCUACGGGGUUUGAAUGUGUGACCUUAACUUCCUUCAAUAUUCAGCCUUUUCCUUAUCACCUGGCCCCGAGGUCUACCUAGUACAGGAUGGAAGCCUUGCCAUGAGAGUGGACCAUCUGAGUCCUUGGCAGGAACCAGACAUUGCUCUAGCAAAGAUUCUUGGUUCUAACUUGGUUGACUUGGUUGAGCUCAAAUGAGUCACAUGGGGAAAAGCCUCUUCCAUGCUUUGAUUGAAAGUGAUGCUGUUUGAAUAUUGGUGUGGUGCAAUUAGAAAUGGAAAAUGGGUUUCAUCAAUCAUUUGCUCAUCCCAUGACCUGCUGCCACGUGUCCCGGAUCACUGUUUUGUUCCAUCCCUCUGGCCAUCAAGCUGCCCUCCAGGAUUUUGAAAUCCUCUAAACUUCUGGAAAUAGUAUCCAAGACUGGUUGAAGGAAUUUGGAGGCCUUGGUGGUCCAGAAUUUAAUUUGAAGUUCUAAACAGCAGUGCAAAGACUGCAAAAUAAUGCUGUUCUUGAAUAGUUGCUUUGGGCACAUUUUGAAGAUUGACCUAGAAUAUCCAUGGAUGUGGAAUAUUUAUAUGUGUAAUCUUUCCCAUGAUUCACUGUGUUAAAAAUGAUAGCUAUUUAAUCUUCAGUCAGAUUAUAUAAUAAUAUUUAUUUUCCAUUUAAAAGAUUAUUUUGGGCUGCUUAAGUACAAUAGGCUCAUAUUAGAAUUUUUGAAAACGAUUGUUUUCCCUAAGCACUGUCGCACUCUGGCAAUUGGUUGUGGAUGAUAAAAAUUUACUAGGCUUGUCCUUUCUUUGUCCUUUCCUUGAUAUAUGAAUGGUAGGUAACCUGGUUCGUAAAAGACGCAAGUAAGAAUGACUAUACAUUGCAACCUGUUACUUCAUAACUGGCUCCUUUUAACCUGACUUAUUUUUAUAGACUAUCAUGCAGCUAAUAUACAGGAGCAUACAAACAGAAUAUUCAUUACAUUUUUAUUGUCAAGAUUAUUACUUAUUUCAGAGUUUCCUGAAGUGUUUAUAUUCAUGCACCCUUAAUCUCAGUCAUAUUUUCACGGCUCCCCACCAAGCCAAAAGAAUUACCUCACAUGCCCAUUCAUUAAGUAGUUAGGUCCAAACAAUGUAAUAGUACUGCAUUCCAUGUCCAACAGAUGUUGCUGUGUUUCCCUUGACAUUGUAAAAUGUCCUAUGAGUUUACUGAGUGGGAACAGUCAAGAGGCAACAGUCUUUAUGCUCAAUAAACUAUGGGUAUGAGAAAAAAAGGAUUAUUUGUAAACAAGUUAGGGGCUGAUGUUUAUACUCUUAUUUGAAUGUUAAUCAUUGUUUUCUUUAUGGUCUUUGUGUACAUAUAAAACUUAUAUGUACAUUUUUUAAAAAGCAAUUUCCAAAUAAUUACCCAAGGAAAUAAAUCUCCAAAAAUGAGUUUUCAGAAGUCAGGCAAACUAUGGUUCACAGACCAAAUCCAUCAGAAGCCUGUUUUAUCAAUGAAGUUUUAUUAGAAUACAACCAUGUUCAUUUAUUUAUACAUUGCCUCUGGCUGCUUUCACACCGCUAGGACAGAGUUGAGUAGUUACAACAGAGACUAUGGCCCAGAAAAGCCUAAAAUGUUUAUUUGACCCUUUGUAGAAAAAAAAAAAACACAAAAAACUGAUGACCCUCUUUUUCAUGGCACUCUGCCUUUUCAAUGACAUCAAGGAAUACAGAUUCCCAUACUCCAGAUUUCUCUCCUCCUCAGCUUGGGGUUCUUAUUCCCCAUUUGCUUCUCAUGAAGUUAGUAGAGGUUCGUUUCUGUGCAGAUACUCUCACAACAAUAAUUUCUCUGGAAGUACAACUUUAAAGUUUUAUAGAUUUAAAAAUUCAAAAUUGCAUCAUUCCUGAGAAAAGUUUAGAGCAUAUAGCAACUUGGUUAAAAGAGAGGAAUUAAAAAGAUUUCUAUCACUUCAAGCAUUUUAGAAAUUUGAUCCUUUUAUUUAAAAUCAUGUAAAUGACAUCUUACAUUGCUCAUAUUUAAGUCAAUCUGCAGCUGGUACUUAGUAAGCUAAGAAAUGAGAGCCCUUUGGUUCUGAAUCUUUCAUAAUAUUUUCAAGUAAUUUAUACCAAUUGGAUUUUCACUUAAUCAUUUUUAGGAAAUAAUGUGCCUCAUUAUGUGGCAUUCUCUGACAAUGAUAUGCUCAUCGAUAGCUCAGGAAACAGGCAAAUGGCCAUCUUUUUAUGUAAGAAAGCUAUUUCCAAUCACCAUGUUUUUCUGAUUGUUAUAUACUUCAUUUCUUCAAAAAGAGAAGGCCUUGAGUAGAUGCUUUCCUUUCAACUUACAUAUUUAGAAAUCCAAGAAGGGCCCUUCUCUUAGUCUAUUUCUGUCACAGGGAAAUUAUUCAUUACACAAUAUCUGCCUUAAGGGAAGCAGGUGACCCAGAUACUAAGAACGUGGGCAUGCAUAACCUUUGUGUUUGACUUUGACCAUCUAUAGCCAAAGGGUGUAAAUGAGAUAUUGAGUAGAAAACCUAUCUCAGUGUACUAUGAGGAGUACCUAAAAUUAUAUCAUAACUCUGAUUAAAUAAUAUAUUGUUUUCUUUAAACUAUUGCAGCAAUCAAUAUGAGGUGGCCCCUGGGAUACACUAUACAGGAAAAAAAGAGAUGAAUCGUCUGCUGGCUUCUCAUAUUUGAUGUGAGUAGAAGGGAGGCUUUACUGGCAUGGAAGAAGGAAAAGGUAAACUGUAGGUGAGGAUUCCACAUUCCCAUCUGUCCAUUUUUCUUGAUUGCUCAGACUUUGAAGGCAGUUGUUAAUGGACUGAAGUUAUCAUUUCUCAAUAGCUCUCAAUAUCUGGGUCACCAGCUUCUUUUAGAAAUGAAAAACCACAGCCAGUAGCUAAUUUCCCUCCCACAAUAAUAAACAGUGCGGUUUAGGAAAUAUUAGGCCUACAUCACAAGCAUACUUUAAAGAAAUGAUUUGGUAGUUUUGAAAGUUUCCGGAAGCAGCCCAUGCCAGAAACCGAUUUUUUCAGCAAACUUCCACUGAGAAACAAUUACGUACAAUGAAAGAGUCAGAGUCAAAUUAAACCCAUGCUAUCCUCUCAGAGUGAGCUUUGUAGUUGAAGAGAAAAAACAAGUGUGUAUACAGCCUGUCCUAAUUCUAGUCAGGCAGUAAGCCUCCAGAGAUGGAAAGCAGGAAACGCCCCGUUUUCCUUGGAAUGAUCAAGGAAAGUUUCCAGGGAACAUCAGCUAGAUUUGAACGGUAGGGAGAACCUUUGCAAGUAGGGAAGAUGGAGACGGUACAUUUGGCUGAGAAAUCUAGAGUGGAGAAGUGUGGUGAAGGAACAGUGCCGGGUGGGAAGGGCUGAAAUCUGCAGGGAUGUGUUGCUAAGACUGCAUGAGUCUCAGAUCCUGUGCAAAGUUGAACUAGACAGACCUCAGCCCUUUCUUAACUCUGCGUAGACACUUGUGCACCAUUUCCUCAGAGCUUCCAGCCCUCUAUGAUUUCCUACAUACGUGGCUAAUUUGGUGCGUCCUCAAGCAGAAUAAAAAUCACCCAACACAUCAAAGACAUUUCUGCAAGUGACUGGUUGAAACAAAGCCUCAGUCGCUAAAAGCAAAAACUGCAUUGGUAAGAUCUCCACAGACAAAGAAUAAAAGAUGAUAGUGAUUAUCUGAGUAAGUUUGGCAAAACUCCAGUAUCUGAAUAAUUCCCUGUGACUCUAGAAAAUCACCUUACCACUUGCUAAAGCUUUGCCAAUGAAGGCCCAUAUCAAGGUUACUUCUUUCAGAGUUAUUUUAACCUUUUAAAUUAUCUGACCUGAAAGGGCAGUUCCCACAGGAUUUGAGACAGGGUUAUACCUGAAAGCUUAGACUUCAAAAGACAAUCUGUGCAAAACAGCUAAGCUUCAGACAGUGAAAUUUAAAAUUGUCAGAAAUGCUUUCCCCAAACAUUGAGCUGGUCCUGUGGAAUUCUUUCUUCUACAUCCUCUCUUUUGCCCCUUUAUACACCCUUCUAUAAUUUCCCUUUUCUAUCACUCAUUGCAGGCAGUAUUUUACAUCCAUCUUCAAGAAACUUAUUUUUAAAAAAUAAUCAGAUUACAAUAUAUAUGCUUUUAGUUGUCUUGCCACAUUGCUUGUUUCAGAUAUUGUCUGUUAUUAGUAAAUGGCUGCAUCAUUCCUCAGGGCAAAUGAAAUGAAGGAAGCUACAAGGUUGACUAUCUUCUGAGUGUUGGAGAAGAAGCCAAGACAUAGACUGUAGGAGUACAGAAAACAUAAGUUAGCACGAAUUGAGAAAGGAAUACUUCCUACUAGGGUUUUCAGACUCAGGUAGCAUUAUCUGGUAUGUCUUUUCUAGGUUUUGUUUUUUGUUUUUUGUUUUUUUAAGGGCUACAGGCACGGCACAUGGAAGUUCCCAGGCUAAGGGUCAAAUCAGAGCUACAGCUGCCGCCUAUGCCACAGUCACAGCAAUGCCAGAUCCGAGCUGUCUGCGACCUAUGCCACAGCUCACAGCAAUGCCGGAUCCUUAACCCACAGAGGGUCCCAGGAUGGAACAUGAAUCCUCAUGGAGGCUCAUUUCCACUGAGCCACAACAGGAACUCCCUUUUCUAGUUUUUCCUAGAGGAGAAAUUUGCAUUGCUGUGUUGUCAAAACUUUUCAGGACUGAAAAGAUCUAAGCAGCUCAAGAACAGCAUGGAGGAUUAGAUAAUGGAAAACCAUUAAUAUAGGAAACUGCAUCUCCAGUAGUUUAGACUGCAAGUCAUUAGCCAAAAACAAGUGCAUGUAGGAUUUGGAGGACAAAGAAAAACUGUAAAUAUUUCAGUUUACACAGCCAAGAUUAUAGGCCACCUUCCAAUUUCUGACUGAAAAGUACUGGAAAAGGAGCUGUGAACAUUUCAUUUUUAAAACUUGUCAAAAUGGUGCUAUUGACUCCUUAAUACAAAGAUAUAUUGAAGUAUUUUAGGUAAACAUGUAAGUCUGGCCUGGCCAUAAAUGUAAAUAUAGAGAAUGUUUGUAGAGAAUUCAUCAAAACUACACCCAUAUGGUUCUGAUUGAGCUACCAUUUUCUUCAGUGGCAGUGACUGACAGUGAGUCCCUGCUUCCCUCAGAUAGGACUCAGCAAGUCAUUGGCUCUCUCAGCUGCCCAAAGCUUGGGGCAGACAACAUGAGAGCUUCUUCUUGGACUCAGGUUGGAAUACCCAAUUAAAUGACCAAACAUGCUCAUUUUUUGGUGUUUCCCAGGAACAUAAGGGAAGAACAUGUGACAUGAGGCAAAAUGGAUGUUGGUAGACUAAGUGUUGAAAUUACCCUGGUGAAGGCCAGUGUUACUUUGUGUAAAUCCACUCAGAUUUGUCAGAGCAUGCCAAAAGAAGCAUAUACCUUACGCUGGGAAACCUGUAAAGCAAUCUGCAUGUACAGUAUGAUAAUAAAUCAUCUAAGAGCCCACCAAUACUUUGGAUUCUGUGAUUUGAAAUGUUACUACAAUUCAAGAGUGACACAAUGGACAUUUUCCUUAUACUGAAACUAUGGAGUUGAAUCCUUCUUUGAGUGUUUUUCCAUUCUCUCAGGUAAAAUUAUACUCUGAGAUUCACAACAUUUUUAAUCCUAUACAGUGAUGUCACAAAAUCAUAGCAUUAAAAGGAGAUCUUAGUAAUCAUUUAAUCCAAUAAGCUCAUUUUAUUAAAGGGAAGUAUCAAUCAGAGGUGAUGGCUUAUCUAAGGUCACAGUGGCUAAGAAGAGAAGAGAUCCAGGUUGUCCGUCUCCUAGUCCACUGCUCUCAUGACUGGGAAGUCAACUCAGUGGAUACACAAUAAAUGCAGCAAUUCAUAUAAAAAUUGAUUUUCAUUAUAAAAAUUUGAAAAUACAGAAAAGUAGCAAAUUACUGCUAAAGAACGCCUUCCAGAGACAAGCAUUGUCUUUUUUAAAUCUAGCAUUAGUUUUUUCUCUUACAGACUUUAAUCAUAUUGUAAUUUUUUUGCAUCACCAUAGCACUACAGCAUAAGCAUUUUUGGAUAAUCUUUACAAACAUUUAUGAUAGCUGCACAAUAAUUCAGUGUCAAUUCUUUUUCUUUUCUCAGUAACACUACAUAAAGCUUUUUCUGAGUUUGGGGAAAUCUAGUCUAAGGAAAUAAUCCUAAUUUAGAAUUAUUGGUCCUAAUGAUAUUCAGUGGUCCCUUCAUGGUGAUGCUUUCAAACCCACAGGACCUGAGAAUGAGAGGGAAAAACUUUUAGUUCUCUCUUAAGAAGCUGAUGUUAGAAACACAAACUGUAAAAAGAUAUGAAAGUCCUUCUUGAGCUUGGCCUCUGAAUUAGUAAACAUUUGUAUGAAUGAAAUACUUGAGGGAAAGGGGUUAAUAUGUCAGUAAGGUUUAUUCUCAGAAUUGCAGCUUGCUGCUAACUACUGUUAGAUCCAAAAUCCUCACUUUGUUGAGAAAACACACUUAUCCUAAACCAUGGCUUUUUUUUUUUUUUUUUUUUUUGGCUGCACCCAUGGCGUAUGAAAAUUCCUGGGCCAGGGAUCGAACUCACUCCACAGCAGCAUCCCAAGCCCCUGCAGUGACAAUGUCAUAUCCUUAACCCACUGCACCACAAGAGAAAUCCAGCAAUGACUUCUUGAGGGAUAUGCUACAGAAAAACAAAAACCUCUCCCAUUUGCAAGUCCCUUUUUGACUACCUGAAACCUUUUUACUUCAACCUGGUUUUGCACAAUCACCAGACUACUUCCUUUGAU